AACACAUGGUCAGUUCGUUUUAAAAAUCGAAGUGAACAGACCAAAACAAAUAUCUCAACAAUAUUUCAAUCCAAAAAAGUAUAUAAGGAAUUUGGAGCCAUGAAUUGCAUAUCCCUUAAGCGUUCACUACCUUUGGAGGACGAUCCGCAGGACACUUUUUCCGCAAAACGAAGACGCCAGGAGAGGAAAUCAACAAAAUUACCAGAUAUAAAUGACCCAAAUGGAAUAAAAAGCACAUCCCUAAAGCGCCGCCUAUCUUUCGAGGACGAUUCGACUAUAUUUUUUCAGGCAAAACGAGAGUGCAAUCCAAAAGCUACACCCAAAAAGGACAAGCAUUCAAUGGUUCCAAACGAUUUUUUAAAAGGCUUACCCGUACUGCUGGAUACCGAUUCAAGUGAUUCGGAAGUUGAGUUCCAGUCAUCGCAGAUCGAUACGACAAAGAAGAUCACUAAAGAUAAUACAAAUCUAUUUAGCUUUCAACAAUUGAAGUCCAUUUGCGCCGGAAUGAUGAAGCAAUGCGAAGACAGAGUUCGGGAGGAAUAUGAAGUGGCUUUGACCCAGCAAAUGGCAGAGCAAUAUGAUACAUUUAUCAAGUUCACCCACGAUCAGAUGCAGCGAGAAAAUGGAAUAAGUACCAGUUAUUUGACAUGAUUGUCUAAAAAUGUUGAUCGAUUUUUAAGUUGUGUGCAAAUUUGUUAAUGAAAUUAUUUAUGUUAAUAAAAG